AUUUGUUCUUCUAACACUUUUUGCUACAGUAAAGAAAGAUUCAAUGUCAAUAUCAACAAAUAAGUGUGAUCCUGCUAAGACUCAUGAAACUCUUUUCAUUUGUACUACUUACUUGAAUGCCUCGAUUCUCUGCCAAAGAGAACAUAGCAAAAGCAAUCGCUGCAGAUGUAGUGUCGUGACCCUGUAAUAAAAGAUAUUUCAAAAUUGUGAAAAUUGACAAAUUUAAAAACUUGGUGAAAUACUUGUGUAAAUUAAAACUUGCGAAAAUGGUAAAAACUGAAAUUAUUGAAAAUUAUAACAUUUGUGAUUGUGAAUAUUGCGAAAUUGUGAUAAUUACGAAAAUCGUGAAUAUCGCGAAUAUAGUGAAUGUUGUGAAUAUUGUGAAUAUUACGAAUAUUGUUAAAACGGUGAGAAUUCGUUGGAAACGAUUUUUACAAUGUGUGAUUUCCGUGGAAAUACGAAGAUGAUGAUGUAAGUCGUAUAAAGCGCUACGCAUCAGAUGAAGUUGACCUUCGACCAGGAAGAUCUUCGGCCUUAACUGAUGACACUCACAUUUUGAAUGUGUGUGCAAAUCGUCGACUGACUGUCAGAGUACUUGCAGAAGAGGUCAGGAUCUCAAUAAAAUAGUGCCAUAAGUUUAUCGUUUGAUGACCGAACUGCUGACACAAAAUCUAGUAAAAGUUUGUCGGGAAUUCCUUCACCGAGCCAACGAUGAAGACACACCCUCAGUGC